AUAUCCCCAGAACAUGUUUUUGUAUGGCAAUGUAAGCCAGGAAAAGGCUAUACCAGAACAUAUUUUGGCAGUGUCGGCGUUUUUUUCUCUUUUAGUGCCGCUACGAUCGACGGUUCGACGCUUUCCCUAAGGGCUGUGAUUUCGUCCAGUGAGAUAGUCAAAAUGGCCACAUUAGUGAGAGAUGUUUUAGCGUUACUAGAGAAGAAAGGCGAACUCACCUCGACACAAUGCGCUGAACUUCUCAGUCAGGAUCACCAAAAGAUUAUUGGUGCUAUAAAAUCGAUUCUUUCUUUUCCAGAGGUUAUCGAUGCAGAGCUCAAAACAGAAAAGCGUCUCGAGCUAACGGCGGAGGGCGCUGAAAUUGCUGUCAAGGGUAGCCAUGAAGUAGUUGUAUAUAACGCGGUGCCGAGUAACGGAAUUAAGCAAGCUGAUCUGAUGAAAUCUGUGGGUGUUGUGGGAAAGGUUGGAUUCAGCAAGGCCAUGUCACACGGUUGGAUUGCCCUGGAUAAGACGCACCCUGAAGGUCCGAGAAUUAUACGAAAAGUAGACUUUAUCAAGGAUGAAGUUAAGGACUGGCUAGCACAGGUUGCAAACGGAAAUGAUGCUGCCUUAGAUGAAGGCAAACGAAAUGAGUUGAAGAAACGAAAACUAAUUCAAGAGGCUCAGCUCAAAAUUUACGAUAUUAAGAAAGGUCCUGCGUUCGCCCUCGAGUUAACGAAGCAAGAAACUGAUCUCACCAUGGAACUGAUCGCUUCAGGAGAUUGGAAAACUAAGUCGUUCAAGGAAUAUAACUUCGAUGCAAUGGGAAUCCAACCUGAGCGUGGACAAUUGCAUCCCUUAAUGAAAGUGCGCUCUGAAUUCCGACAAAUUUUCCUUGAGAUGGGUUUUGAAGAGAUGCCGUCCAACAGGUUUGUCGAGAGUUCCUUUUGGAACUUCGAUGCCCUGUUCCAACCUCAGCAACAUCCUGCUAGAGAUGCGCAUGAUACAUUCUUCAUUUCGGACCCAGCAACAAGCUCAAACUAUCCUGAAAAGUAUGCCGAGACUGUCCGUAUGACUCACACCUCAGGUGGUUAUGAAUCUAUUGGUUACAACUACAACUGGCAAUACAGCGAAGCACAAAAAAACCUCCUAAGAACGCAUACAACUGCCGUCUCCGCAAGAAUGCUCUAUGGACUAGCUCAGAAAGGAUUUAAGCCGGCUAAGUACUUCAGUAUUGAUCGAGUGUUCCGAAAUGAAACCUUAGAUGCGACUCACCUAGCGGAAUUUCAUCAAAUCGAAGGAGUGGUAGCUGAUAGAAAUUUAAAUCUCGGGAAUCUCAUGGGAGUCAUCAAAACGUUCUUUGACAAACUUGGGAUCGAUAAGAUCAGGUUCAAACCCGCGUAUAACCCAUACACGGAGCCUUCAAUGGAGAUUUUUUCGUAUCACGAGGGGCUGGGAAAGUGGGUCGAAGUAGGCAACAGCGGAAUGUUCCGGCCCGAGAUGUUAUUACCCAUGGGACUGCCAGAUGAUGUUCAGGUGAUCGCGUGGGGUCUAUCUUUAGAGCGGCCAACAAUGAUUAAGUACGGCAUCGAUAACAUCCGUGACCUUGUAGGACACAAAGUGGACCUACAGAUGGUGUACAGCAAUCCGAUUUGUAGACUCGGUAAGGACUAACCUAGCCGCUUUGUUAACCACCUGCAGUGCUUUAUUCAGUAUUUCCCACCAUGUGUUAGUUGAAUAAAUUAUUGCGCUUUUAAAAGAAA